AUGGCCGACCAGAGGCAGCGCUCUCUCUCCACCUCUGGAGAAUCCCUGUACCACGUGCUGGGGCUGGACAAGAACGCCACAUCUGAUGACAUUAAAAAGUCCUAUCGGAAACUUGCCUUGAAGUAUCACCCUGACAAGAACCCAGAUAACCCAGAGGCAGCCGACAAGUUCAAGGAGAUCAACAACGCCCAUGCCAUCCUCACCGAUGCCACGAAAAGGAACAUCUAUGACAAGUACGGCUCCCUGGGCCUCUAUGUAGCCGAGCAGUUUGGCGAGGAGAAUGUGAACACCUACUUUGUGCUGUCCAGUUGGUGGGCCAAGGCCCUCUUCGUCUUCUGUGGCCUCCUCACCUGCUGCUACUGUUGCUGCUGCCUGUGCUGCUGUUUCAACUGCUGCUGUGGCAAGUGCAAGCCGAGGCCGCCCGAGGGCGAGGAGGCUGAGGUGUACGUGUCUCCGGAGGACCUGGAGGCACAGCUGCAGUCAGACGAGAGGGAGGCUGCAGGCACGCCCAUCGUGAUCCAGCCUGCGUCUGCCACGGAGACCACCCAGCUGACAGCCGACUCCCACCCCAGCUACCAUACCGACGGGUUUAACUAA